AUGUAUGUCCUUCCUGUGUGGUGUGGCAGUAGAGUGGGGCUUAUUGCCCAGGGUAGCAUCCACGCAAACACCGCCCCUGACUCCACCGGACAAAAUGAUCGCAUAGCCCGUGUUUUACCGACAACAUUAAGCAGAAGGGAGGGGAAAACGGGGAUGGGGGCGCAUUCUAACCCUGCCUUUGUAAGUCCACCCUCUCCUUAAAUUGAAGACCACCUCCACACAGCCACCACAGAGGUGCAGCCGUCCGCCCCGCAGCAUCCCCAACUCCUCCUCAGCUCCGCUCCGGGCCCCUGCGAGGCACGCUGGGCUCUCAGGACUACCCACCCGCUUUAAGAAAAAAAAAAAAAAAAAACAUAAUAAUCCCACACCAGAGGCUGUGAACUUCAGCAGAUAGGCUCUAUGUCGCUGCGGACUUGCCCGGACAUCGGACCCUUCCACCCGCUGCGCUCCGGCAUGCAGGUGCUGACCUGCGCGCUGCUGACGCUCGCCGCGCUCCCCAUCAGCGGCACCGAGCUGCAGGCGUACUCCUGCCCGGUCGGGGGCAACUGCUCCGAGUGGAGGGCUCACACAAUCUGCUGCAGUGACAUUGAUAUUCUCCCGAGGUUUCCAGCAAGCACGGAGACACUAUUACUUUCUGAUACCAAACUCUCAACAAUUCCAGCGAAUGCUUUCGCCAGCAUGGUCAACAUCUCAGGGAUAUACAUAUAUGUGGAUAAGAAGCUGCAGCGGCUGGAGAGGCACUCGUUUUUCAACCUGAAGAAAAUCACCCACAUAGAGAUUCGGAACACAAAGAUGUUGACGUAUGUCGAUCCAGAAGCCUUUAAACAUCUUCCGAACCUCAAGUACCUGGGGAUUUUGAAUACUGGCCUGACUUUCUUCCCUGCUUUAAACAACAUCCACUCAAGCGACAUGAACUUCAUAUUGGAAAUUGUAAAUCAUCCCUACAUUACAGAGAUCCCGGCCAACUCAUUCCAGGGCAUCACAAGCGAGUUUCUGACAGUAAUGCUGUAUGGAAACGGCUUCAGAGAGAUACAACAUCAUGCCUUUAAUGGGACAAAGCUGGAUCAAGUUGAUCUACACAGGAAUGAGUAUUUGAUCAGGAUGGAUAGUCUGGCUUUUGCAGGAACCAUCAGUGGCCCAACACUUCUCGACGUCUCCCAAACAGGAAUCGCAUCCCUGCCCUCCACAGGCAUGGGCUCCCUGCGAGAGCUAAAGGCGCGCGACACCUGGGCCCUCAAGAAACUGCCGCCCAUCAAGGCCUUCAAGCACCUCGCCACCGCAGACCUCACCUACCCGAGCCACUGCUGCGGCUUCAAAAACCUCAAAAAGAGACGAGGCUUUUUGGAGUACAUCAUCUGUAACCUCACCGCUUUCUAUGACCAUUAUGAAAAGCGGUCGGUGGGACCCCUGAGCAUGCCGUCCCUUCAAGAGGAUGGCGUCAUGGAAACACUCCCAGAGCAGGAGCAGAGAAGCGUAGGUCACGGAGAACUGCAGCAAGACUGGAGUAGAGGAGACUCCCAUGGCAGCCUUUACUACCACGCCUACUUUGGAGGCCAGCCAGACCAAGACGUGGGUUUUGGAGAGACCCUCAAAAACCCCCAGGAGGACAUCAGCAAAGAUUUUGACAGCCGUUAUGAUUAUGUGGUGUGCGAGGAGGGGGGGGAGGUGGCGUGUGCACCGAUGCCCGAUGAGUUCAAUCCCUGUGAGGACAUAAUGGGGUUUGGCUUCCUGCGGGUGUCUGUGUGGUUCGUGAGCUUGCUGGCUAUUUUGGGAAACGUUGUGGUGCUCCUGGUGCUGCUCACCAGCCACUACAAGCUCUCGGUCUCGCGCUUCCUCAUGUGUCACCUGGCCUUCGCUGAUCUUUGCAUGGGAAUUUACCUGCUGCUCAUCGCCUCCGUGGACCUCCACACCCGCUCUGAGUACUUCAACCACGCCAUCGACUGGCAGACGGGCCCCGGCUGCGGACUCGCGGGGUUCUUCACCGUCUUCGCCAGCGAGCUGUCCGUUUACACCCUGACUGUGAUCACUCUUGAGAGGUGGUACGCCAUCACCUUCGCCAUGCGGCUGGACCGCAAGCUCCGUCUACACCACGCGGCAGCCGCGAUGGCAGCUGGCUGGAUCCUUUGCCUCCUCCUGGCUCUGCUGCCUCUGGUUGGAGUGAGCAGUUACCAGAAGGUCAGCAUCUGCCUCCCCAUGGACACCCAGUCCACGGCAGCUCAGGUGUACAUCUUGUUGGUGUUGGUCCUAAACGUCCUGGCUUUCUUUGUCAUCUGUGCUUGCUACUUUAAGAUCUACUGCACAGUGCACAACCCUCAGUACCACUCUGGAUCCAAGGACACCAACAUCGCCAAGCGCAUGGCUAUCCUCAUCUUCACUGACUUCUUGUGUAUGGCUCCCAUUUCCUUCUACGCCAUGUCGGCCGCUCUAAACCGGCCCCUCAUCACCGUAUCAAACUCCAAGAUUUUAUUGGUGCUCUUCUACCCCCUCAACUCCUGUGCCAAUCCAUUCCUGUACGCCAUCUUCACAAAGGCCUUCAGAGGGGACAUAUUCAUCCUCCUCAGCAAGGUAGGUCUUUGCCAGCAGCAAGCGCAGCUGUUUAGAGGCCAGACUGUCUCGUCGAAGGGCAGCAGUGGGAAUUCUCAGGUGCGGAGGGAAAAGGUUAGGAAAGGCGGGACCAUCGGCCGGGAGCAGGUCCCCAUCAACCUGAAGAGCUUCUCCAGACAGACCUACCACCAAGGAAUCCGCCAGAAGACAAGGAUUGAUGAGAACCAAGGCCUGGACACGUGAGUUUAACAUUAGCUUGAGGAAGCCAAGGAAGGUUUCAUUUGGAAGAAGCCAUGACAUAUUUCAGGACAGAUCUGUUUAAACGUUAAACAGAGAGCUCCCAUCAGCCAUCAUGAAUUCUAAUCCAAGUUUUAGUCCUUUGUAUUUUAGUAGCAUUUCUAGAAUAGCACUGAAAGCAAAAGCAUGGAUAAAAGUUGAAAGUCAACCUGGUUUAUCUUCAGCAUUGGUCAAGUGACACUUUAAUUUGAACCCCUUAUUUGAGCCGCGUUGUUUCAGUGUAGGUAUCGUCUUCAACUGCCUGCUGGCUCAGUGCCGUUCUACCGUGGAAACGUUGUGACGUUUAUUUUUUAACAAAAGGAGAGAAAAAAGUCUGUUUCAUUUGUCAUAAAUAUUUACAACUUUGUAGAUUACGAAAAACACUAUUAUAGCAAAUGACGAUAAAAUAUAAUCUUUUCAUGUUUUAAUGUCUGCAUUUGAGAAUUAAACCCAAAUGUGAUGGUUUCGAUUCUGUGCUUUAGUCUGAAGCAGAUGAGAAUUUUGACUGUACAUGUCGGCUCUGGAAACCUGUUUCAGUGACAUACAGGUUAAUAAAGUACUGGUUGA